AAUGCUCGCGAAGGAACACGUUCCAGCCAGAGCCACGACACACUCUAGUCAACUAAACAAUGCAACAAGAGAAGAGCGAAGAAGAUCAUCACAGCCGUCUGAUCAAUGUCACGGCCAAAGAUCUAACGGCCGGAAACCGACGCCUUGUGGAGGUUCCGUACACAGCAACAAUCUCCCACGCAAUGAACACAUUAGUUGCUAACUCUAUCUCCGCCCUCCCUGUGGCUGCACCACCUGGACACUGGAUCGGAGCCGGCGGUUCCAUGAUCAUGGAGUCUGAUAAACAAACUGGAGUUGUACGAAAACACUACAUCGGUAUUCUCACCAUGCUCGACAUACUUGCUCAUAUCGCCGGGGAAGACUCUGAUCUCUCCGAUCUUGAUCGCAAGAUGGGUUCACAGGUGUCAUCCAUCAUUGGUCACUGUCUCGAAGGACUUAGUCUCUGGACACUGAAUCCUAAUACCAGCUUCUUAGAGUGCAUGGAAGUGUUUGGCAAAGGGAUCCAUCGAGCUUUAGUACCAGUGGAGAGCAGCAUAGAGAGUAGUAACACCAUUGCAGGAGUUGAGUUGAUUGAGUCAGCCUCUGCUUACAGGAUGCUUACUCAGAUGGAUCUCUUGAGGUUCCUCAGAGACCAUCACUUUGAUGACCUCAAGACUGUCCUCUCACGCUCUAUCUCCGAUCUCAAAGCCGUUCAUGAUUCCGUAUACGCCAUCACAGAGAGAACAACUGUUUCCAGUGCCAUCAACGUUAUGAAGGGUGCUCUGCUCAACGCUGUCCCUAUCGUUCACGCACCUGAUGUACCACAAGAGGAUCAUCUACAGCUAAUCAAUGUAGGCUUCAUUGGGAGGCAUAGGAAAGUGAUAGGUACGUUUUCGGCAACGGAUUUAAAAGGAUGUCGCUUGCCGGAGUUGCAGACGUGGCUGUCACUCACAGCUCUGGAGUUCACUGAGAAAGCUACGGGGAAAGAGAGGGACGUGGUUAGUUGCGGUGUGGAAGCAACGAUGGAGGAAGCCAUAGAGAAAGUGGUGAACAGAGGAGUGCACAGAGUGUGGGUGAUGGACCAACAGGGUCUUCUUCAAGGGGUCGUCUCCCUCACUGAUAUCAUACGCUCCCUAAGAUCUGCUCUUUUGUAAACGAUGAACUCACUUUGUUUUUUUACUUUUCCUCAAUAAUCUAACAAUGUAAUCUUAUACUUUGAAAGAUCUGCUCUUUUUUUUAAUCGACGAGCUCACGUCUUUUACCU